UCUAACACACCCAAAAGGGGGAGCGAGAAACAAAGUGAUGAGGAACGGCACAAAUAGAGGGAGGAACGGAAUAGUAGCAAGAUACAGUAGGAGCAAAAAUCCCUAACGCCGCAUAAGUCCUCUUCCACACCAAGACUCCAACACCCAGAAACACAUUUAAACACUCAUCUUCUCAUAGCCACAUAAGUACUAACUUGAGGUCAUGUAAAGCAAAAACAAAGCUCCGUCACUUUUAUUUUUGUCGGCAACGAGUAUCGCUCACUCACCAUAACUGCCGAAAAACCAUAGUCCAUUUCUUAGCGUCUCGGCAAAUCGUUAUUCGAGGUUCCAUCUUGGUUGGUUUCCAUUCGAGGUUUGGUUUGAAGUUGGUCAGUGGAGGUUCGAGGUUGCCGACGAGGAUCGCGGUCUAGGUCCCGUCACCAGUUUUCCAGUUUUCCAGUUUUGCUUCAAAUAACUUUUUGAAACUGCUGUAUUAUUUGCCUCGUAGUCCUGCCAUUCAUCUAAUUUUCAGAAGAGUUUCGACUCGACAUUGAGGUAUGGACCCGCUGAUUCGAUCCAAAGUGCUGAUGGUAGUAAAGAUUCCCAAGAAAUUGAUUAAGUGGAGGAAAAUGUUUUCAUUGUUAGAGCAGCAUGAGUCAAUGCAGAAAUUGGGUACCCUAACUUCUCUUCUUGAUAUCAUACCUCGCCCAGACUUAGUGGAGGCGAUGCUGACUUAUUAGGAUCCGCAAAAUUUGAUUUUCAGAUUUGGAGAGUGUGAGAUUACUCCUACCUUGGUGGAAAUGUUUGAUCUCACUCGUUUAAGCUAUAUAGGCAAGGACAUGAUACUUCCCCGAGACCACUCUAGGACAAGAUUCCUCAGCGACCUGGGCUUGAAAGAUAAUAAGCAUUUAAAAUGUCUCGAGCGGUCCUAGAUAUCUUUGGAUUAUUUGUUUGCUAGAUUUGGACCACAUGAUAGUUUUGACGUCUUUUGGGAUGAGUUCUGCACAACCAAGGCAAAGUGGAAAAGACGUCGCCUCGAAGCUUUCAGCCUUGCUUUGUUGGGAUUAUUGGUUUUUCCAUUAGAUGAAAGGCACAUUAGCACCCGUCUAUAGUCAGUGGUAAUGGCACUAUUUUAUGAGAAGCAACGCAAAAUCGUUACAGUUGUGUCGAUGAUCUUAGCAGAGUUGUAUCGAGCCCUGAGUGAGGUUAGGGGAGGUGUCAGAUAUUUUGAGGGAAGUAACCUUUUGCUACAACUGUGGAUGAUGGAGCAUUUUCACACUGCUUCUUUACUUUGUCCCAACGAUCGUGCCUUGAGGGAUCGGGUCAUAUACAUUGAGCGUAGGAUCAAAUAUCCUAAGUUUACAUACCCAGUAGGCGUCACGACUUGGAUUGAGUUCCUUGGUUUGAGGAUAAAUGGGAAUGUUUUGUGGGCUUACCUUUGGCUUCCUUUGGAUGAUAUCUUGGUAGGGUGCCUCAUGCAGCCUUUCCUGAUGUUGAUAGGACUCAAGUGUGUCAGGCCAUACACUCCCGUUAGGGUAAUGCGGCAGUUGGGUAGAAGACAAGAGGAGCCUCCAACUUUGAAUCUUCGGAGGCACAUCAUGACUUUUAGCAAAAAGGCGGUUGACAAAAUCAAGUAUGUGCAAUACUGGAAAAAUGCAAAGAGGAUGAAGAAAAAUACAUUAGUAGAGGACGUUGGCAGGCCCGAGUGUACUCAGGAGUACUUGAUUUGGUUACAGUCCGUCCCACCAGGGGUCAGCACCCCAUUGCAAGCACAACUUAGGGGUCGGGCAGUUCAGAUAGAUGAUUUUGAGGAGGCAUCGGACCAAGAUCCCUGGGAUAAGCUUGAGUUGAUAAAGUCUCAGUUAGUGGGAUUGGCAGCAAACGUGGAGCAGCAUGGCCAAUAUUUGUUUAGGGUCAGACUUCAGAAUGCGGGGGCAUACGCCAGGGCCUUUAUUCCCAGCAUCGGUGUUUCUUUACGAGGCAUGUUACAGAGUUUGAGCAUGAUGGACAGCCUAGGACCAUCCCAGUCAGAACCGUCGCAUUCAGGAGCAGCUUGAGGAGUCAUUCCAUUUAGGUGUUUUGAGAUUGUCUUAUAUUGUCUUUUACUUUCGCGUCUUGUCUAGGAGUACUGAGUCCUUUAGGUAGUGGUAGAGUCUAUCAUGGUGUAGUCGAGUCUAUCAUGUCUUUCAUUAUCGUACUUCUCUUUGUAUUUUAAUAUCGAAAAGUUUUAAACGAAAAAUCCCAAAAAGCUUUUGUUUUUAGUUUAUUUUCCAUCACUUUUCCAGAACUACGCUUGGUCUGAU